UUUGCCAAGAUAGACUAAUAGGCUACAUGUAGUCACUGAGAUGAUUCGAUUCGAUUCAAUCAGGUUGAUCUGGAUCUGUUGCCUUAUUACAUCACGAAUAGCUUUAUUAGAAGGCUACCAAUUGGAUCGGCUUGGACGUGCCUUCCUUGAAGCGCUGCAACCUAAGACAGCAGAAACACCUCUUCAGAUACUAGCCCUAUCCUGGUAGCAGCACUUCCCUUGGUGUUUCAUCAGAUAUACCUAACUAUCGGUAGCUGGCUAGCUAGAAUCCAUCUGAUGAAGGCAAUCGAGACAAAACUAGCUAGGAAAGCCACACUACAUGUGGGGUACGUACAGUCGUACAUGUCUCAUGAACUUUGAGCCCCAAGACUGGGUCUGAGCUCCGUUUCUUUCCAGCUCUGCUGUUUAGUAAACCACAAGAGUCGAGUCGAGUCGAGUCGAGUCGAGUCGAGUCGAGUGAUCAGUCGAGUCAGUCGAGUCGAGUGGAGCCACUUUUUCAAUUUUUGCACCAAGUCAAUCAAGACGACUGUCGCUCCACGGGAUACGGGCAUCGGAGUCGUUUUCGCCGAGGUUUGGAACCAAACCACAAGAUAGAUCAUUGGCGACACUAUCACACAACAAGAUCCAGCACCACAUCAUCUAAAGACUCGGCAAAAUCCAUAGUUUGACACAAGACAGACUCGACUCUGCACAGUUUCGUCAACAAGAUCCAACCAAGCUAGAAAGCUCCACAUCAUCAACAACUAGUCUCUCUGCUGCUCACAAAAUCAAAUCGUCUAGAUAGUUUGACAAGCGAAAAAAAGACAUGAGGACGGUCCAGAACUUGCCAUAUAGCCCGGCUACUCAGCCCUACAACAAUCAGAAUAAGCCAUUCAACGGCAACUAUGAAGUGAACCAGCCCUUCAUGAGUAAUGGUACCCAGCCUGUCACGCCCACACCCAACUAUGGAGUGAACCAGGAAUGCCCCAACCCGGUGACUCCCCCUGGCCAGUUCACCCAGAACAUUGGAACCAGGGAGGCCGAGGUCGCUCCAGUGGCAAACCGAGAUGUGAGCCUCUUCAAUGCCGAAGAGGACGACUUAUUUGGUGUUCCACCCAUGGGCACACCAGUUCAAGGAGGGGGGUUGCCCCAAGUUCCUCAAGGGACGACAAGACCCGCCCCUGAUAACCAGUACCAGGGUGUCGUCAACGGAAUGGCUUCGUUGAGUGUUCGGCCCGGGGCCCCUCAGCCAUUUGCUGAAGCUAGGCCUCAGCCCUACUCAGCGCAGCCAUCAUACCCGCCUCAGGUUAGCACUUACCUGCAGCAGCCGGCAAAUGGCAAUGGAUACAUGGCCAAUCAGGGAUACUGGCAGUCGCCACAGUCCCAGCCAUACCAGCACUACCAGAGCACUCCCACGAGUCCCAACCAGCUCCCCGAAUGGGGCCAGCCACCUUCCAAUCAGCUCCCAAGCUGGGGAGCGCAGCCGGCUCCUGUUCCGCAUUCGUACGAACAGUGCACCCACCAAAACAGCCAAGGCGCCGAGGAGCACAAGUCUCUUGAUGACCACAAGAGAUCUGUUGAUCUAAUCCGAGAGCAAGGAGCUGGUUUGCGUGCCCUUCGUCUCUUGGAUGAAACGACAAAGAACGACUUUGACCCCUAUGGGGAACACCCAGUCGAACCAACACCGCGACGCGGCGGCAUUGGUUCUGUAAAGAAGGCUGCCAUAAAGGAAAUGGCCAAGAACCAAAACGCGAAGCAACUUCGGAAGAUGAAGAGGCUCGAAUACAAGAACAAAAAAACCGAGAUGCUGGCCGAGAGUUCCCGCACUGUCUCGAGCGUUCGUCGCGGUUUUGAUCCCGAGUUGACCAGCGACAAGUGCCAGCUUGAUUUCGACAGGCAGAGGGAUGCCCAAAUCAAAGCUUUGAGGUUGAUCAAUUCUAACAUCUUCUGAAGUACACGGGUUGCAAGUGGAAGGUGAUUCUUCAAUAGCUGCGGCAAGCAGAUUGUAUUUGAAAACGAAAGGAGAAAGAGCAUUAUGACAAUAAACGACUAAAACUAUAAACUUACCAAGAGCUAUAACGGACUUGUCUUCUCUAGGUGCU